AUGAUUUAUACAAAAACGAUAUCGCCCGCAUCUGGCGCAUUGCUCCUAGCGCUUCUACCUGUGGUAAUUGCGCAUGGUGGUGGUGAAAGUAUGGACAUGGACAUGGGAAUGCAUGCCAGCAACACAACGACACAACCGCCCAACAGCGACGACUAUCCCAAUACAUACUUUGCGCAUACUGAACAUAUUGGAGUCAUAUACACACAUAUUGCAUUAAUGGUUCUUUCUUGGGUAUUUAUCCUACCAAUUGCCGUCAUGUUCUCACUGGCAAACUCUCGCUUUACACUACCGGCGCAGUUUAUUUUCUUAGCUACAAAUACUCUUGGAGUUCUGGUCGGCGUGAUAUAUAAUGCGCAGACCCCAGACUUGUACCCAAACAAUGCGCACCACAAGAUUGGCUGGAUUGUGACCUGGGUCGUUUGCGCCCAAGUCCUUGUAAGUGCCGUGGGCUGUAUCGCGGGUGCUCUAAGGGGCAAAGGAAAGACGCCGAGUAACGAGACACAUGCUUUUCUACCUGUCGCCACGCAAGAGGCCGACUACCCUUCACACAAUGGCUACCACAAUGACAGCCCCUACCGAAUCUCCAACGACAGUGGACGAGGAACCGAACCAAACACACCCUCGCUUCGAAGCGACUCGGCAUCCACGCUCAAUGGCAUGGAGUCGCCUGUCAACAAUCCCAGCAAGGAGUACGAAGACGAUGAUGGCGACCUAGAGGAAUUGUCACUGGCCUCUCCUGAACCUCAGGGAACCUUUGCUCGCCACGCCUCCAAGAUCGCUGCUUCGCGAGUAUGGAAGUAUCUGAACUUCGGCCGCUGCAUAGUCGAUCGUAUUAUCAUUCCCUUCGGCUUCAUUGCGCUUGCGACUGGCGUUGUCACCUUUGGUCGUUUCUUUGAGGGAGGCGGAAUUUUCAAUGGAUUGGCGCAUUGGAUCAAGGGCGGUGUUUUCUUCUGGCUAGGUAUCUUCACCCUCGGCCGCUGGACUGGCAGCUUUGGAGAGCUUGGCUGGGCAUGGAAUGUUCGACCAAGACAGGACUCCCAGAAGUGGCGCCCUUCCGCUGAGUUUGUCGAGAGCUUCUUGAUCUUCUUCUAUGGCGCUACCAAUAUCUUCAUGGAGCACCUCGGCGGUUGGGGAGGUGACUGGACCGCCCAGGACAUGGAGCACAUCUCCAUCACAGUUCUGUUCCUUGGAGGGGGCUUGUGCGGUAUGCUCAUCGAGUCGACACGUAUUCGCCAUCUUCUCAACACAACCGUGGACGAUGUUCAACCCAAGAGCCCUUACACGGUCGAAGAAGCAAACGAACCUGAAGCUCCCGACACAUACGAGUUCUCUCUCAACCCCAUACCGGCUUUGGUCAUCAUGCUGCUUGGACUCAUGAUGAGCUCCCACACACAACAUACCAUGAUGUCCAGCAUGGUUCAUAAGCAAUGGGGUGACCUCCUUCUAGGGGCUUCACUUGCUCGAGGUUUGACAUACCUCAUAAUGUACCUGAAGCCACCCAAGUCCAUUCUCCCAUCACGACCACCGACGGAACUCUUGGCUGCUUUCGGUUUGAUCGCUGGAGGUAUCAUCUUCAUGGCUAGUAGCACCGAUACUGUCGACGGAAUGAUCCACUACGAGCUCGACGCCAUGUUCAUGUACACUGUCACCAUGGGUCUGGUCGCCCUCCUGAUGGCUUGGGUCGUUAUCGUCCUCGCCAUCAAGGGUUGGGCUGUCCGACUAGAACGACGGCGCAAUUCGAAUUAG